AUGGACUAUCAGUUCGAGGGCGUUCUCCACCGUAGCCAGGAGGCUCUGCGACUGGAAAUGCGGCAAACAUAUCCUUUCCUCGACGAUGUCGCGCUCGAGGAUAUGCUGUGCGAAGCUGGCGGCGCGAUGCGAAAGCGUAUGCAAGAGCAAGCUCCGAUCAUGGCCGCUGCUGAGGCACGCUUCUCGAUCUUCAAGCUCCCACCGGAGCUGCGAAAUCGCAUCUACGAACUCGUACUCGGUCCACCAAAGCAUAUCUGCGUGCAAAGGACAGAUAUAUUUUACACCGCCAACGACGGUGACACCUACUAUGCGGGCUAUGGGAACUGCUAUAGCGAGUAUCAACGACCUCCUCCAAUCACGCAAGUCUCACGCCAGAUUCGUGCAGAGACGACCCCUAUCCACUACGGACAACACACUUUCGUUGCCUAUGUCGACUCUGAUCCAUUUCGUUGGCCAGAUACGCCGGAUGAAUGGACACAAUGGCGCUCAGACCGACAGUACAAGAAGUGGACAAGAGGAGAUCCAACUACAGGGGGAGUGCGAGAUUGGCUGGAUCGUAUCGGCAGUCAUCAAGCCAGUCUCAUCAAGCACUUCUUGAUCCGGAUCCCCCUACCGGAACCGACUUGCACGUGGAAAAGACAGGCGUCGUGCAGCAAGGCUGAUUGUGACGAGUGGCACCCUUCGAGCUCUGCACAGGUCAGCAAGUACCUGGGUAUUCAGGCUCUAGGCGUCAAAGAUCAAGCUGUCAAAGCUUCCUUUGGGGCGACAUGUGGUGGAAUCGAGUGGAAGGACAGCAGUCUCGCACACGCACCGCUUGAUUGGAGCCCGGUGGGGAAUGAGACAUUGGCCAAUAACGAGAAAUUUGCUUCGGAGGAUGUAUGGCGGUACGAUCACUGGAGGGCGUGGUAG